GGCGCAUGCGCGAAGGAGUUGCCCUGGUGCUGGAUUGGAAAUAGGGCUUAAAGAAGAAAAAAUCCCCAGCUGCAAAAAUAAACAAAAAGCCCAGCAAGAGAGGAAAAUGAGGGGAGAGCCUCCUGCAAACCUGACCUAGGGGAGAAGGUCUACACCAAAAAGGAAAGUGGCUGUUGCAUCUCUAAUUUCGAUUUGACCGGAGGAUGCGUUGUCUCUUAAAAAAUGUACAAGAGAAGACAGAAAUGGGAGAUUUGUCGAGACUUGUGGUGGUGCUAAACGUGGAGUAGCACAUUGUUUUAACCGUGAUGAAAUACUAAAAUUCCAAGUUUUGUCAUUGUGGGUUUGCAUGGCAAAGUAACCGUGGAGAAGCCAGGCUAUCACAAACUUAUGGAUUUUGAUAAGAGAGGGGGGAGGGGUGAAGCAGAAGAAGCGAAGAGAAUGUCAAAGUCUGGAGGACGGGGAACCAACUGCGGCCGGAGCUCGGGGACCAGUUCUGGAGUCUUAAUGGUGGGUCCCAACUUCCGAGUGGGAAAGAAGAUUGGAUGUGGAAACUUUGGAGAGCUUCGUUUAGGAAAGAAUUUGUACACAAAUGAAUAUGUGGCCAUCAAACUGGAACCUAUAAAAUCCAGGGCUCCACAACUUCAUUUGGAGUAUAGAUUCUACAAACAACUGGGAAAUGCAGAGGGAAUACCUCAGGUUUACUACUUCGGGCCUUGUGGAAAGUACAAUGCCAUGGUACUAGAAUUGCUGGGACCUAGCUUGGAGGAUUUAUUUGAUCUUUGUGAUCGAACAUUUUCCAUUAAAACUGUGUUAAUGAUAGCUAUACAGUUGAUUACGCGAAUGGAAUUUGUACACAGCAAAAGUUUAAUAUACAGAGAUGUUAAACCAGAGAAUUUCUUAGUGGGACGACCAGGGAGCAAGCGACAACAUACCAUUCACAUCAUAGACUUUGGCCUUGCCAAAGAAUACAUAGAUCCAGAGACCAAAAAGCACAUCCCAUACCGAGAGCACAAGAGUUUAACUGGGACAGCACGGUAUAUGAGCAUUAACACACAUCUAGGCAAAGAACAAAGUCGAAGGGAUGACCUUGAAGCACUAGGUCACAUGUUUAUGUACUUCCUGCGCGGUAGUUUGCCUUGGCAAGGUCUAAAGGCCGACACACUAAAAGAACGAUACCAGAAAAUAGGUGACACCAAACGAGCUACCCCAGUUGAAGUCUUGUGUGACAAUUUCCCAGAAGAAAUGGCAACGUACCUCCGCUAUGUUCGAAGACUUGAUUUUUUUGAAAAACCAGACUAUGAAUACCUGCGAAAACUCUUCACUGAUCUGUUUGAUAGAAACGGCUUUGUGUUUGACUAUGAAUACGAUUGGGUUGGCAAACCAUUACCAACUCCAAUCGGUUCAAUCCACGCUGACAUACCACUUUCACCACCAAACCGAGAUAAAGCACCGCAGCAAACCAAACCGUUGGCAGAUCGCAAUGGAGCAUGGGAACCUUCUCCCAGUUGCCCGCCCAGUGCUCACCAAUUGGAAACACAACCUGCGUCAGAGAGGCUUUGCGAUUCCGUACAGGUUGUGAGUUCAACAAAUGGAGAGCUAAACACAGACGACCCAACGGCAGGGCACUCCAAUGCACCCAUCACAGCCCCAGCAGAGAUAGAAGUGGCAGAUGAUACCAAGUGCUGUUGUUUCUUCAAGAGGCGGAAGAGGAAAACUAUUCAGCGCCACAAGUGACUUUGGAAGCGAUUGUGAGAUUUACACGUGUGCUCUGCAACUUUCCAAUCAUGAUAGAUUCAGAAAUCCAUCUUUUUGUGGCAGGCUGUCGUCUAAGAUCAUGCCUCUCUGGGGGCCAUCAAUUUGGGCUCCUGACAUUGGCACCCUCCUCUGCUGUGAAAUUCAUUCUGGUGGACUUACAAAACACACCAUGCAAAGUUUUUACUUCCUUUCCUGUGGGAAUCCACAAAAAAACAUUGUCUUUGAAAUAAACACCCGAAAUCUGCAUUAAGUAGGAUUAUUUCACUGUGGGAACAAGGCGAAAAUUCAGUUGAAUUUUUAAAAAGAAGUUUCGGAAAGAGAAAGAGAUAGUGGUUACUUUGAGUUUGACGAGGCUGCUGAUAUAGUCUCAAACGCUGCUCAAGACAUCCAUCAUUUAUCUCCAGUGUUAUGUAAUUGCAAGUCAUGCAGCAAUUUUUUUUUUCGUUUUUUCCUCUCUUUUUUUUGUUCCGCGUGAAUGUGUGGUGUAGUCACUAUUGUUGGGUACUGUUGUGAUGGGGAAAUGCACUGAGGGCUUUCCACAUCCUUAAUUGCACUUUCGAUAUCAGUAUGUAAGAGCUUUUGGGUCUGAUUGUGCAAAUAAAAAAAAAACUGUUUCUACACCUUUUUUUUUUUUAAGGGAAUACAAAAGCGGUAGGAAACGUAGCAUGUUUUAAAUUGUAAUAAUGACAGUAUAAUGUUUGCAAAUUGUAAGCCAGACAAUUGCUGGGUAGAAAUAGGACCUGAUAAAACACAGGAAAAAAAAAAAAGAAUCUUAUUCAAACUCUGAACCAGUUAGUUUCUGAUCCAGGUAGCAUGAGGGCUGUAAAUGAACAGGGAAGUGGGCUGUCAUCAGAAUGUCAGCACCUGUAUGAUUCAAAACACUGUGAUUCAAAGGCCACACCAGGCACAGUGAAGUGGAUAUGCCUUUCUGCAAUGGCACUAUUCAUGUUGGGUUGGAGUAAAGAAACCCAGUCAAUAGGGGGAAAGAAAAAGACAAAGUCCUACAGUAACUCUGAAGAAGGGUCCCAACCCGAAACGUCACCUCUCCAUGUUCUCCAGAGAUUGUGUCUGACCUGCUGAGUUACUCCAGCACGGUCUCUAUCCAAAGCGACCAACUCAAUAGGGGCAAAGAAAAAGACAAAAAGUGCUGGAGUAUCUCUGAAGAAGGGUCCCAACCCGAAACACCAUCUAUCCAUGUUCUCCAGGGAUGCAGUCAGACCUGCUGAGUUACUCCAGAACAUUCUUUCUUUAUUUUAUAAAUCAGCAUCUGCAGUUCCUUGUGUCUCCAAGUUAAUAGGAAAAAAAAAUUGAAGUUUUUUCAUUUUCCCCGUCACAUAUUAAGAGAUCAGAUCUCAAUUUUUCUUAUUUGUGACUAGGAUAUUUGAGAAAGAAUCUCCCAAUCCAAAUCAUCUUUUUGAUCUACUAGAUUGCUGCCACACACUCUGAAAGGCUUCUAGGUAAAAAUCUCAAGCUAGUUCCGAUUGUUAAGCCAAAACAAAGGUAGGUGAAAAAUGCUGAGAAAUUGGUAAGUUUUCAUUCUAGGCAGCAACAAUAGGAAGAGUAGGUUUCUGCAAGUCAUUGAUCCAGUCACACUUUUCCUACACUGAGGAGAAUUGUUUGGAAUUCAAAAGCUAUGAUGGAAGAAUCAAUGGAAAAAGUACCUCAAUUAUUGAAUUAGAACCCAUAUGUAUUAGUGUCUCAAUUGGGACAGAAAUUAAUUUGAAGUAAAUUUUAAUUUUGGAGGCAAAUCCUAGCUUAUCGAUUGCUCUUAUUCAAUAAGACACAAUUUUUUUGGUAUUGAACCACAAUGUUUUUAUGCACAAUUUUAUUUAGAAAAUGGUUGUUUUUACUUCGAAGUACAUUUCAUUUGAAUCUUGUACCAUUUUUAGAACCUUCAAUCUCCUGUUUUAUUUUAUGGCUUCAGGUAUUUCUCAGGAAAUUAGGGUACAUAAAAUGGACCCCCGACAAGACUGGGUUGUUACCAAUUAUCCAUCUCAGCAGAUUCUUGAUCUCUAUAAGUAGAUUUUAAAACUGCUUGGAUUUUAAACUUCUACCUUGAGCGAACUACUUGCAUCUUGCAUGUAAUCAAGUUUAUAGGUGAAGUCCUUUCCCAUGAAUUGCCUUUACAGAAGUUGUUUCCAUAGAUUCAUUACCUAGCUGGUAGUCCAUUUCUGGUGGAGCUAUCCACAAUCAAGUUCAAUAUUUUCUUUGCAUAGCCUGCAAUUUUUAGUUGGGUAAUAAUAUUUUUUUGAAUGCUUACGUAUUGUUGUGGAUAUUGUCCAUUUGCCUAUUGAGUUAUAAAUAGGAACAAUCCAGAACAGAAGGGUAAAAAUGUUCUCCCUGAGCCUUAGUUACCAGAUCUGCAAGAUAAACAUUUCGAUACACAGGCUUCCUAAUAUAUUAAUCAGGAACUGGAGGACUGUAUGUUAUGGUUUGUGUUUGGACUAAAAAAAUCUAAAGUACAUUUUUUUUGCAUUUAGGAUUAUUUUCUCAGAGGUAUCUUUGACUGUUCAGAGAGUUAGUAUGGCUAAUGUGGUUCAAGCACUCCUGAAGCCUAUUUUGCAGGUGUGCCUAGUCUUUCUCACAUGUGAUAACACAAACGCUUUGUGGUGGAAAUCACGGUUAUUGUACUUUAAGUGUUAGGAAUUGUGGUCACAAAUCUUGGGGGCGACAACAAUUUUAUUUCCUGAAAAUGGAGAUUUCAACUCGUCAGAAGUCUGUGCGAUUUGCCCAUUUAUUCUUUCAUUUAAAAAAAAAAAUGAUCACUCCUGAAGUUUUGAAAACUAAUUUCACUGUUGGAUUUAUAGACCUGUCCUAAGAGAAGGCAGAACUGAUAUUGUAACUGCCUAAAACAUGCACUUUUCAUAAUGGUGAUUGUGGUUCAGCAUAGCCAAAGUUUAAAUUUCCCUUAGAAAAUGAUGGAAUCAAGUACUGAAUCUAGACUGUCUUUAAAAAAACAAAAUAAACGUAAUGCUUGGUGGACUGUUGACGGUCAUACCUUAUUUUAAUACUUAUUGCUGUAAAUAGACUUUCAGAAUUUAUGUGGCCCUCUGCUAGAAAUGCCCGAUAGUUUGACUGUGAAUCAACUCUAUUCCCACAAAUGGAUAGAAAGAGAAGUCACAGGAUGUCACAGUAGUACAAUGGUAUCACCAACGUGCAGAGCCAUGUUUUGCAAACUUCAUCUGCUGCCUUUUCUGAUCGGAUGGGUCUGUUCUUGGCCAGAAAAAACAUUUAUCAUGAUAGAUGGUAUCAUUGUGAUAAUUAAAAUGUAUAUUGAUGCUUGGGUUCUGAUUUUGUUACCUUUUUGUGCGUAGCAUUCGCCCAGAAUGACACCACACGUGAAAAAUGUUGAUCUAUGCAUUCUGUAACCUGCCCAAUAAUUUAACACUUGACACAAAAUGGUCUCAAUCCACAACAAGCACAUGAGCAAUUUUAUUAUGCUGUCAUUAAUUCUGGUGACUGUAAUAAGUGAAAAGAACCAAAUAAAGGGAGUACAAGCAAUUCA